AUACAUAUUCAUACAUAUCUAACACUGUAUAUAACAUUUGGUUUAUCAAGAAGAAAAAAAUAUAAAUUAAUCAAUAUCAUAGUUCAAUGUUCGGAUUUUCGAAAAACUUCUGAGUGCAUAAACUUAUUUAUAAAACAGGCGUCAACGAUCAAAGUUCAUAAAAUGAGUAUUCAACUACCAGCAGAUAUCAGUAGCUAUGACAGAACAACAUUUAAAGCUUGGAUCAAUUCCUUCGAUGUUGUUCUUUGCGAUUGCGAUGGAGUCUUAUGGCUUCACAACGACAUUUAUGAAGGUGCUUCAGAUGUUGUCAAUAAACUUACUGACUUGGGAAAGAAAGUUUAUCUUAUAACAAACAAUAACAUGGCAUCUCGCCAAGAAAUGCGAGAAAAAUGUCAGGCGAAUAACUUCAAACUUGAAAUUGAAAAUAUGAUUUCAUCAGCGUUUGCAAUGGGCCAAUAUAUGAAGCAUAUCAAAUUUAAUAAGAAAGUUUAUGUGAUUGGAUCAAACGUUCUAGCCAAUGAGUUAGAAUCCGUUGGAUUAACAGUAAUCGGAAGAGGUCCAGAUGUAGCUAUUGAUUCGCUACCGGAUCAAGUUAAAAACGAUCUGGGACAAAUGGACGAUGAAGUGGGUGCUGUUGUUGUUGGUUUUGAUCACCAUUACUCAUUUCCAAAGUUAUUUAAAGCUGUCAAUUAUUUGCGGAACGAAAAUGUGAAAUUUUUAGCAACCAACACCGAUGAAAGUAUAGAUUUUCCUUUUUUUACAUUCCCUGAUGCUGGUGCAAUUGUAGCUGGCAUAAAAAACAUCACUAAGAUUGACCCUAUUGUCAUUGGAAAACCUUCGAAGAUUCUUAGUGAUGUCACUUUAAAAGAUGAGGCUCAUCGUGAACCAAAGAGAUUUCUUGUUGUUGGUGAUCGUCUUAACACUGACAUCAUGUACGGAAAUAACAACAAUUAUCAAACAAUUCUAGUCGGAACUGGAGUUCAUAAUAUGACUGACGUUCAACAAAUUAUUGAUAAAAUCAAUAAUGGCAAAGAUUCAACUGAAGAUACUAAAAAGCUAAUUCCUGACUUUUACAUUUCUAGCAUGAAAGAAUUGAAAAUUAAACUUGAAAGUAUUUAA